UGGAGAGCACGCUUAUAUAAUUAUUAUUAUGCGUCCUUAAAAUGGGUAUCGUCUUUCUGUUGACGACAUGUAACCCAUGAAAGAUAAUGAUCUAUUUAAGCGUGAAAGAUUCUCAUCACGGGCUCAUUUCAUCGCCAAACUCGUGCCAACUCUGAGUUUGAACGGAUUCGAUUGCUGAGAGAGCUGUUAAAUUAAAUUGACACAUUGCAAUCCAAAGGAUAUAAGACCACAGACAGCAGAGAAAUGCAAGUGAACGCAGUAUCCAUCACGGCCAAGUUUGUCCAGAUGGACAUUGAAAUAGAGGGAGGUCCAAUAGAGGUCGACGACUACGACUUCAACCACACCCGACCUUCUCGUCCUCCUCGGGUCGGAUUUCUCGUAUCACUCAUCUCCGCAGCCAUGUGCGGUGGGGGCGUUUUGCUGUCUCUCCUCGGCCUGGUAGUCUUUUUCCGGGGUUGGACCAAUGUCUUGGAGCGGGCGAUGAUGGCGGAUGAAUAUUCCGAUGACGACGACAGCGCUAGGCCCUGGAAAAAACGGACGGAACGACUCGUUGUCUAUGUGAUCAUUAUUGCGGUCGAGCUGAUUUUUGUCUUCAUGAUGAUCAGAGUCCUCAUCCCAUGGGCGUAUACGAAGACGGUCGUUGCGAUGAGAGUCGAGCCUGGUGGCCAGUUCGCCUUCAUGCUACACAGUUCCAUCUGGCUGAUCGCGGGUCUGAUAAUCUACGCCACUCUGCAUGGAAUCCUGGUCGCACAAGAGUUAGCUUUCGGCCUCGAGCCGACCUACUACGACAGGACCGUGACCAUCGCGCAGGAUAAUAAUAACCAUACCACGGAAGUCUACAUGCUCGAGUCGUCAUCGGACGACGACGACGAUGGAAGCGAGAUAAGCACCACGGAUGGCACCAGUUAUGAUGACGACUAUACCGACACGGAUGACUAUUCGUACGAUGAGGAUGCAGAAUUGUUGCUUGGCCCGACUACUUAAUUAACUAACAGCUCAAACCGUUAAUUUAUGCUCAAUCAUAAAAUAAUUCCAGGAAAAUAUGCCAUUUUGUUAUAUUUAUGACUACAUAUCUUGCCAGCUUAUGUACGUGAUGGAGUUUCUAGUGCUUUUUUCUUUGCCUAACUCUAACGUAAUAAUGGAAACGCUACAUAUUCAUGUAUUGUAGUUGACUAGUUUGAAAGUUGUAUGCAUUUUAUUUACAUACAUAUGUUUUUGCAUUCCUUGCAUAAGUAAAUUUUGUAAUAUGGUAUUAUUUCACAGGAUAAAAUAGAGUAAACUUAUUGCUACAA